GGCGCGGAACUGAUCAUCGCGCUCUUCUUCCCCGAUAGAAUUUGUCCAUCUCCGAUAUUUUUAAUUUCUUCCGCAUCCGUGACGCUGAUCAGUGCCGAUUUUGCGCGGGCCCUUCCAAGGUGGAGGGAGCAGUGCCGAUUUCGGAAGCGUGGAUUUGGGAAUUUGAGAUUUUGCGGAUUUGCGGAUUCGGGGAUGUGCUGACGCCUCGGUAACGACCGAUAUAGAGCCUAAUACUCCCGGUUUCCGGUUUCGAGUGUUGUUUUUUAGUGUGACACGUUUUAUUUGGGAUUAUGCCUCCUUGGCGAAUUUUCUUGGUGUCACUGUUGACGGGGGUUUGGGGAGUGAGUGGCGGCCCUCCCUCCAGCAGCAAUGUGAGUCAGAAGGCGCAGUCCCGAUCCAGCAUAGUGUUCCCAUACGAUGACUCUAGUCAGUACCAGUACGCCAGCGUUGGUAGUUCGUACUAUGGAUCUGCGGCCCCUCCAUCGCUGUUCUCAUCGGAACCACCUUCCUUCUCAGGAAUGUUCGGAGGAGGCAGCAGCUACAGCUCCCAGAGCUUGAGUCUCGGCCCCAGCCCUAGUCCCGCUGAAUCGUCCCCGGCCGGCACCAGAUACAUAUUCCCACAGGAGGAGAUUAUAAUGGGCUCAGCGGCCUCGCACAGCCCGUACGUCUACUACGCGGACCCGCCCCCGGGGGGCCCGAAGAUGCCGAGUCCGAGCUACGCAGAGUACCCUCCCGGCUACCGGCCUGCCUACGCCUCCAUGAAGCCCGUCUACAUGCGUGAGACGUACAAACCCAGCUACGAAUCCACGCCAGCCAACUACGGCCUCCAUCCCGCCGUCGCCAAUAGCAUCAACCGCUUGAGGAAACCCUACUAUCGGAACAGGUACCCAGGCGCGGCGCCGUACUACCUGAUGCCGCCGUUCAAGAAGCUGCACCACGGCAAGUACCCGAUGAAGGAGAUCCCGAACCCGGACGUGAUCAACAACGCGCUCAUCACGUCGCCGUUCAAGAGCAAGUACUACAAGCAGCGGCUCCCGAUCGAGCAGGAGGAGGAGCUGCAGAUGUACGAGGAGCCGACGCUCGUGCGCCGCCCCAAGAAGAAGCACCCGCAGCACCCGCAGCACUCCCUCGACCCCAACUUCGAGAUCCAGCCCAGCAUCGAGCUCGACCUCGAGGGACAGCUCCUCACCGACAGGGAGCGACACAAGAAGGGAUACGAGUACGACACCGAUAAACAGCAGAGCGCUCAUCGCACCAACUAUUACGGCAACGAAAAGCCGUACAAAACGAGCUACGACAGCGACAAGGAGUUCUACGAGAAACCGGCGAAGGCGCACAAGCGGCGACCGGCCGUUUACGAGGACCCUCCGCUAGAGUACACCGCCGGCAACUACGAGACGAGCUACCGGCUGGAGCACCCCUACGAGGAGGACUACAGCGGCCCGGUGAAUCCGUUCGUCGACGACGACAGCCAGAAGUACGGAACAGCUACGAGUUACGUCUCCAUCACGAAGCCGCGCGUCAUCGGCUUCAAAACGCUGCGCGAUCGCGAGUACCGGGACAUGGAGGAACUUCCCGAGGAGAGUUCGCCUUCGCCGGCCCCCGUGCUCAGCUACAAGCCGGCCUCCAGCUCCGUCUCCAACUGGACGCCGAUCAACGCUCCCUCUGCCAACAGCCGCUCCUAUCUCAUCCAGGCACCGCACCUGACGUCCUCGGGCAGCGCGUCGACCAGCAAUUCCGAGAGCUCCAACAAGCGGGCCGGCAUCGUGACGUCAGAGUCGCUGGAGCUGGACUACAACAGCCGAAUCAAGAUGAUCGAGGAUUCUCGGCCAAUCAUCGGAAAGCCUUACAAAGGAGGAGAGCGAAGCAGCAACGGGAACGGAAACAUCAGCAAGCUGGAUAACUCUGAGGGCGUUGUGUCGGCUGUUAUGUUUUUCAAACAAUAGAUGACGCUAGUACUGAGGCGUUUUUGCAUCCGUAUUGGAGACAGCUGUUUAUAGAGGAAAUACAGAAAGUGGGAACAGCAGAGAAACAUACAUUCAUACGCCACGGGGAGCAAUGCCUGCGGAUCGAUUACGGGAAUUUUGUUUUCGUUGACUGGACAAGGCAAGGCAAGGGUAGAAUGGACCAACAUCUUGGUUGGCUUUUACGUGUAGUCGUCGGAUAAUGGACCACUAGACAAGGUUCGAAUUUCAGCAUUCUGAUACAUGUUUCUUAACCAAAAUUUCACGUAAAACACGAUACGCACAACGGAAAUUAUUGAAAUC